GAGGCUCGAAGCUUGGCGGGUUCCGUUUGAAAAAAUUGAUUUGGUGCAGGUGGCCGGUAUUGAAUUGUUGAAAACAAAAAUUCAUUUUCAAGCAUUCGAAACACUCAACGACAAUGCAUUCUCCCAGCUUAGUGUUUUUGAAAUACUUCUUCUCACUUUGGGCAGAGUGAAGUGUUCAAAAGCAACCGGAUCUUCGUUAAAAUGGAAGUUGUUGAAGCGAGUGCUAUUAGGCCAGACAGUGAGCAGUCACAGACUAACGCUGGCGUUGAUAUGUUGCCACGGCCUUGCAGCAUGCCAAGCUUUGAUAAAAAAACUGAACUUGCAAGGAAAAGAAUUCUACAGACAUUACCAUCGAAGCCUUCUGUUAGGCGAGGACUGGAGAACAAGCCAUGGAAGUCAAUGUCAUCAAGUCAAGGGUUGUUUGGAACAGCAUCACCUGCUUUUGGGACUCCCUCUUACCCAGCACAUUUAGAUAUGAUAAGAGCACCAGAUGUUGGCCUUAGUACAUCUGAUAUCUCUAGCUACUCAUCAAAUGAGCUGAACAAUAAUUUCCUUGACUCACUAAUACAUGAAGCAAGGGCUGGUAUCUGUAAUGCUGUGAAGAAAGAAGGAGAUCUGGCAUCUUCUAAAAAAAACCUCGCUGAGUCACUUCACAGUUUCAGUUUUGCACCUGGAUUUUCACGUGGGUCUUUUGCACCAAGCCCGAGUCCUGGCCUGAACUCCUCACUUAAUACGUCAUGGCAGUUUUUCAAUUUCGUCGGAGGAGCCGAAGUCGGAACAGUUUUCCCAACAACUACAAGGAACCCCAACAAAGCAAUCAUUACGAUAGAUGGCCGGACGUCAAAGAUUCUAGUUGCCAAUGAAAUCGCUGGAAAGUUGUUUGGUUAUCUUAACGACGAGCUGUGUGGCAUGAAGAUGUCCAAGCUGUUCACGAUGAAAGACGGAUUCAAACAAGAUGCCUUGCUUGAGCAGCACAUUGAUGUUGAUGGAAAUAUUGUGAUGGUUUCUGGCAAAGUGGUCGAGGCAGUGGACUGUGAUGGAUGCAUCAUACCAGUUUCACUUUGGAUGAAAAUGGUCCAUUCAGACGGGGACCCGAGAUGUGUGGCAAUCAUUGAGCCUGUUCAAAGGGCUGUCGGCUCUUUCCUGUUCAAUGCAGAGGGGACUAUAGUUGAUUGUGACUCACAAUUUGCCCUAUUACACGGAUUCUCAAGCCCGGAGGAAGUUGUCGGAGAAUCAAUCCUGAAUUUGAUUCCGGCUUUUAUGUUACCGAUACCCGGUCACGAACUUGCACGGUCUUUGAAGAAACAGAGAGCUACUGGAAAAACGAAGGAUAACACGCGGUUUCCCGUGAGCAUUCAGAUUUCUGAAUAUGACAAAGAAUCCCACGAUUUGUACCUUCGCAGAGGGCAUCCCGAUGAUAUACAGUUUAGUAAGUUCCUUUACAAAGGCAUCGUGUGGGUCUUCUCCAACAUUAGUGGUUUGAUUAGCGUUUCACCCAGUGGACGGAUACACAGCUGUAAUGGCAAUUUUUCCAUGAUGCUGUUUGGGUAUUCUGAGCAGGAGCUUGUAGGCAAGGAUCUGACAUGUCUUGUACCGUUUUUCUACGAUCACGUGGAGCUGGCAGAAGAUCGAAGCUUGAAAAUUCCUUCAAUCAGUGACGACGGUGAGAUCCACCUUGACCCAAAACGUGACACAGCGUUGUCUGGGAAUUUCGCUAUCGGUACCUCGAGCGUUUCCGAUGGGUUUUCAGACGUUGAUAGCAUGCUUGGAAACUGCGAGUAUAUGAAUGACUUGAAAGGUGUUGCUGAAAUUUCACAAUCAAAUUCAGAGCUGACAGGAGCAUCUUCACUGACGCUUGAAAGUGAUGCCCAAGACACUGAUAGUGGACUGCCCAUCAAAUCUAUGAACGGAUCUUCCACAUCAGAAAGCUCGUUUUUGACUCCUAGGCCAAACGGUGAACAGUUUUCAUCCACCCCUGAAAUCGAAAGUAUCAAAACUAAUGCGGCCAGAAGCCGAAGUGAAAGAGGCUGUCUUGUUGUAGAAGAACAGAGGGAACCUAGUACCUUACAAGUGGUCACAAAUGAACUUGCAAGCGAAUCUUCAGGAGAAAUUAAGUGCUUGGAUUUGGAAAAGUCGAAAAUUCUAGAAAGUACGGAUGCUCCAAAUUGCAGUUGUUUAUCUGGCCAAGACUCAUGUAAUACGGAAAAUACAUCGUGUCAUAAAAGUUGUUGUAUUUCAGAAAAUGAGGGAGUAACUAAAGCUGAAAAGGAACUAACUGCGAAGAAAGCAGAUUCUAUUGAUAGCAAAGGAAACUUUGAUAGUGAAAAUAAGUGUUUGGAUGCAGGGAAAGAUAUUGAGGCUAACAGUGGAAAGUAUAAUGCUGAUGAAAAAAGUUUGGGACAAAUGAAGGAUGGUGAACUUGAUGGUGCUGAUGAUAAAGAGAAUUUAAUAGAUGAAGUAGGAAAACCGGAAAGUGUCACAAAUAAGUCAAUAAAUAAUGUUGAGAACCAGGAAAGCAUAAUUGGAAAGACAUUAAUUGAUUCAAGGGUGUAUGUGCUUAAUAAAGGUAAAGAAGAGACAUCUUCAGAAGAGCACAGUCUUGCCCAUACUGAGUGCAGAGAUAUGCCCACUGCUUUGAAAUAUGACAGUAGCACAUUUAGUGAACCAACCAACUCUCAUAUGUCUAACGAAAAUACUGGCAGCAGGGGAAAUGCGUUUGUUAACGAGGAUGGGUUGGUCGUGCUUGAUGCAAUGCAGGAGGGCAGUAAGAAUCUUGAACAAGAGCCAGAGGCAGGUGAUAAAGUAGGAAAAGUAGAUAGCAGUUGCGACAAAGGAGGCUGGCAGCCAAACCGGGUGACAUCAACUCCCAAGCUCGAUCGGGCUGAUAGUCAGACUACUAAAAAGAUUUUCGAAGGGAAUUUUUGCGGGCAAGCAAGGCAUAAAGAUGGAUCCCUGCUUCCCAUUGUCUUCCAGAUUAAGCAAAUAACGUUAGAUCGAGGCCAAGAGAUGUUCUGCAUUUGGGUGUCACGUGAUCCAGAGGAACACGGUGAAGGAAGUAGAGCGCCUUCGCAGAUGCUUUUUACAUCGAGCUUCAACAGUACUCUGAACACUUCACAUGGUGGUUACCUCUACGAUGCACAGAGGACUGCUGCAGAACUUAGUCGCUCUUUAACUGAAGAAAACCUUAAAGGGCAAUAUGACGAGAGAUAUUUGACUUUAAAAUCAAUCGGAAAAGGGGCUUUUGGCUUUGUAAAGCUUGCACAAAGACGGCUUGAUGGGCAAGAGGUUGUUGUGAAGUUUAUACAGAAGAGCAAGAUAGUGCCAAGCAGCUGGAUUGAACACAAGAGCUUUGGAAAGAUCCCACUUGAAGUUUAUUAUCUCGUCAAGAUUGAUCAUCCCAACAUCGUUAAGAUGUUUGACGUUUUCGAAAAUGAUGAGUUCUUUCAACUUGUCAUGGAAAAACAUGGUGACGGCAUAGAUUUGUUUGAGUUUAUUGAUCGACAACCAGCACUGGACGAGCCUUUAUGUGCAUACAUGUUCAAACAGGUUGUAUCUGCAGUGUCAUACCUCCACAGUCAGAACAUACUUCACAGGGACGUCAAGGACGAAAACAUCAUAGUUGACAAACAGUUUACUCUCAAGUUAAUCGAUUUUGGCUCAGCUGUUUACAUGGAACAGGGAAAGCUGUUCAGUACAUUCUGUGGAACAGUCGAAUACUGCUCGCCUGAAGUACUUCUUGGAAACAAAUAUCGUGGACCAGAGCUUGAGGUUUGGUCAAUGGGCAUCACUCUUUACACGUUAGUGUUUGGUGAAAACCCUUUUUUCGAUGUAGAGGAAACAAUCAAAGGAGAACUGCAUCCACCGUUCAGAGUUUCUUCAGAACUGAUGUUCCUGGUAUGCUGGAUGCUUCACACGGAGCCCAAUUUAAGGGCAUCUGUUAAAGACAUAUCAAGCUACAGAUGGCUCAACCAAAAAGUCGACGUUGGCCUUUAUGAUUACGAUACCAUCUUUGCUGAGGACAGAGAGGACUACUACCCUGGCUCUGACGACAGAAGCCCAAGUUCAGCGGAAUAUGACGAAAACUAUGUCCAGUAUGAUUAUGAUGAAUACGAAGAGGAGCAGGAGUACGUCGCAGAGCAUGAAAGACUAGAGGAGGAGUACAUAAGGUACUUGCAAAGACAGACCUCACUACCAGAAACGUAUGAACGUGAACACGGAGCUUCUUUUUGAAAGGAAAGCAGUCAAAACCAAAGUAGCCCUAAUUGAAACAUGCAGCUAAUUCUGCCUUUUAGCAGAAAACAGAUCAUCCAUCUAUAAAGUUUGAAGUUUAGAAGUAUAUAUAGAUAUAGAGUUAGGACAUAAUUGGUACUUAAGUUAUUCUGUAUUUUACUAACGCUUUACAGAGCAUUUCAUAUGCGUGCUCGUUGGAAACAGAGAGUUAUUUAUAGUUUUAAGCAUAUCGUUGUUGAGGAUUCACUUAGAGCAUGUUAUGAAACUUUUUAACACAGGUCAAGUUGGAUCGCGGAGACCGUGUUUCCACCUGGCCUUACAAAUUUUUCAGCAGUCAUCUACGCAUUAUUUUACAUUAAAAAUCGCCUUUGUCUGCUACUUGCUAUCCUGUGAAACUCAAGUUCUCAAUUUAUCGUUAUUUAAGGCGCGAUUGCAUAAAGAUUUUCACUAUUAGGCUGGGAUUACAGUCCUCCUACCCGUUAUGAAAUUCUCUCUUUUAUCUAGUCA